AUGCAGUCCGUCCUCCACAAAGUCAUUGGCCCUAAAGAGGUUCACCCAGAAAACCUCGAAGGUCGCGUCGCAGUAGUCACCGGCGGUGCUCUUGGAAUCGGAUAUGAAGUCAGCCGCGCACUCGCCCUCGCAGGCGUAAAAGUCAUCAUGGUGAACCGUAAAGAAGAGCAGGGUGCCGACGCCAUCUCAAGCAUCAAGAAAGAGAAGGCCGACGCGCAGGUCGAAUGGAAACACUGCGACAUGGGCAGCCUCAAGGAAGUCAAAGAAGUCUUCUCCGAACUACGCAACUCGCUCGACCGUCUCGAUUUCCUCGUUCUUUCCGCCGGUAUCAACACGAACUUUUACGGGGAGGACGCGGACGGUAUUGACCGCCACUUCGGAGUGAACUUCCUAGGCCACUUUUACGUAUGCAAUCAGCUCUGGCCCGUACUACGCAAGACGGGUAAGAUGGGCACGAAGCCUGCGCCGAGGGUCGUCUUUGAGUCGAGUGAGAUGCAUCGUACUGCGCCGUCGGACGUGCACUUUGCGAGCAUGGACGAGAUCAACGAUAGCUCGAUGGACCCCACACGACUGUAUGGACGCACAAAGCUGGCUAUGAUCCUGUUCGCGAAGUACGGCCUGCGGGACCGCGUCAUCAAGCCCAAUGGUGACAAUGUCUACGCUCUCUCCGUACAUCCUGGUGCAGUUAAUACGGCUAUGCAGCAGCAGUGGAAGGACGCGUAUCCUGGUAUUACCGGCAAGCUGUUGUCAAAUGCCAUGCUCUUCGCUGGACGAGACGUGGAGCAGGGGUCGUACAGUGCGCUGUGGUGCUGCACGGCAGAUGAGAUCGAAGAGAAGAACAUGAAUGGGUACUACUUCAACGACCCCGGCCAACCAGGCAAAGAGACGUCUCAAGCCAGCGAUGAGAACCUUGGUGCUGCGCUCUGGGAUCUGAGCGAGCGGAUCAUCAAAGACAAAUUGGGUGCAGAUGCGCUGGUCGACUGGAGUGCGAAGGAAUAA